AUGAAUGUUAAGGAAAUGUUUGAUAGUGUGGCGUUGAGCCUCAUUCACUUCUUGGAGUCUCAUGAAGGGGUCAAGAAUGUACAAUUAUUUGAAACGAAACCGGCCACGCCAUCGCAAGUGGAUGCUUGGGAGAAGACAAACAAAAUAAUCAUGCCAUCGGAAUUGAAAUCUUUCUUGUUGUAUUCGAAUGGAUUUUUAUUGAAGUGGAAGAUAAGUUUAUCGGAAGAGAGAGAAGUGCAGAUGGGAUACAUGUCCAUACAUUCCAUAGAAAAGAUGGUAGAAGUAAAACGGAAAGAUGACGAUACAGAAGCGUCUCAUCCAUUUCAUGCUGCAUUUGAAUUGAGCAAUUCUACAACGCAUUGCAACGGACGUGUUUGUUUUGUAUACAAAGACCAAUCACAAAAUCCUGCCACGGCUGAAAUUUGGUAUCAAGAUUUGGGAAUGAAUUGGUGGUUCAUCUCAAAAACAUUUGUGGAAUAUUUUCGACUAAUGAUUUUGCAUUUAGGACUACCGAACUGGCAAAUGGUUUUCACUGAUACAGGUCUUCCUUCGAUAACGAAACAGUGGAUUCGAUUUCUUUCACCUCAACGAUUGCUCAUUGACCUCAGUAGAUUAUGUUUGAACAAAGAGGCACUUAUUGAAAUGCCAGAGAGUAUGAAUGAAGUUUUUAAAGUAAGGACAGUGUCUCGAGUGACAGAACUUCGCAACAAGAAUAAGAAAAAGAAAAAAGUAUCUGUAAAAAAGAAAGCCAAAAUCGACCUCAAAAAACUCGAUGCAAUGGCAUCCAAGAACAAGAAGAAGGAAAAAUCUUUGUCAUCCAUCGACAAGGUUUGA